UUUAGGUUUAGUAAUAGUCCUUAUCUCCUUAUCAGCCAUGUCCUCAAUAGCGAGUCCCUGGAAAAUUCACAACUCAACUUGCUAGGUCCUCUAGAAAGGGGUCUCUCAAUUCGAGGCCUUCAGUUGCCUCUGCCGUUAGAUCUCCAAAUAGUUACCUUCACCCUCAUUCCCUUUGAUUUCCAAUUGCGCACCUUUGUCUGCUCAGCAUCCUCACUCCCCACCAAAGACCAAUCCUUUGACUUAGAAGUCAAUUCCCGCAAUCGGUAGUCUACUUUUAUUUGCCAUUACCAAACAAGGGGUGCGUUAGUGCUGCCCUGUGGCAGACCGGCUCUUUCUGUCCUGCUGGGUCACCCUACACCUUCUCCCUUGGAUCUCUUCACUGUCUUUAUCCCUUCACACAUGGUGAAUAUUGAGCCAUGUCACCCGUCGAUGAACUACUACAAAAUAUCAAGGAGAGACUGCUGCAAGUUGACGACAGGAUUCUUGACGGUCAAGUAGCUAUACCGCAUAAUCGAGCAUGGUCCUUUGGGGUGAUAUACAAGGGAAUCUACAACACGGAAAAGGUUUGCAUCAAGGCUUUCAGAUAUGUCGAUCGUGAUCCUGUCAGCGAAUUUCUUCACCGACUGGUUCGCGAGAUGAGGGUGUGGCGCCAAUUGACGAAUACACAUAUAGUUAAGCUUCAUGGAUGGAUAUCAUACCUUGAAAGCACGGAAGAUCUAUGUCCGGGCUUGGUGUCAAAUUGGUGCGACGAAGGGAAUGUCAAAUCUUAUCUACGGCGCCGUCAGGACGCUGAUCGCCAAGCCUUGAUCUGCGGGAUUGCUCAUGGCUUAGCAUAUCUCCAUUCCCGGGAGAUAGUGCAUGGCGAUAUUAAACCCCAAAAUGUUGUCGUGAGCAGUGAGAAAACACCGCAGUUAUGCGAUUUUGGCCUUUCAUUCAUUAUUUCGGACAAAUCUACAUAUAUCGACGCCACAAGCAUGGGUCAGUUUGGGACUUGGCGAUACUUGGCACCUGAAGUGUGCAUGGCCGAAGAACCCUUUCGCAACAUGAAGAGUGAUGUCUGGGCAUUCGGAUGCACAGCCAUGGAGAUACUUCGCGGUGUGCGGCCAUAUCCUACCGUUGAGAACGAUGCCCUUAUAUGGGCCAUCGGAACUGCAAAGCCACCAUUUACUAGUACCCCUUUUUCAACGGACCCUAGUACUGAGAUUAUUCUCACUUCCUGCUUCGAACCUGAUCCCGACCUUCGAAACGAAAUGCAGACGGUUUUCGAAUCGCUGACGACAAACCAUUCCGCAAGUGGACGGCCCAUCUGUUGCUCAGUAACACAUUCUUUUAAUCAUACGCCAGUAGGCCAACCCUGCCAUUCUCGGUAUUCCAUGGGCGAGGGGACUCCUGCUCGAUCUAAAGUCAUAACCGAUGACAUUCCUUGUUUGGAUCUCUUAAUGACUGAUUAGAGUUGCUGAUUAGGCUUGCGUACCAUGGAGGCUUUACCUUCACGCAUAACUUUGAGAUGCAGCCACUGAGAGCGCGGCCCAUAAUUGGAGCGGAGGAUUAAGGCCCGCAGCUAGACUGGGAAAGGCAAAGAGUGGGUCCGCAAUUAACCGCCGUCUAUCAACUUUCGAUUGAUGAAAAUGGUGAUAAGCUGUCGAUACGAUAAUGGGGAGAUGGUGGCUUAGCAUAAAUAUAUCGUUUUCGUUGCACAUU